AUGAAGCUCUUCGCCGCACUUUUGCUCGCAUUGAGCGUAACACCAGCACACGGAAACCCGACGGCAAAACGAAAAACGUGCACCAUCAAAGCCAGCGGAACUAACAAAACAGACGAUGCGCCAGCAAUUCUAACAGCCUUCAAGGAAUGUCGUAAACAUGGCAAGAUCAUAUUCGAGCCAAAGACAUACUACGUGAACUCCGCAUUGAACAUCAGCGGCCUGGAAGAUGUCGAAAUCGAUAUUCAAGGACAGCUUCUGUGGAGCACAGACAUUCUAUACUGGCUAAAUGCUUCUCUCCCGGUCGGCUACCAGAACCAAUCCACCGCAUUUAUCCUCGGUGGCAACAACGUGCGUAUCGAUGGCCACGGCGUGGGCACAUUCAAUGGAAAUGGAGACUACUGGUACGAAUGGAUUAAGAAACAACCCAAUACAUCAAAUUACCCGGGACGGCCGCAUCAGAUUACGUUCAAUGGGCUUACGAACUCUGUUGUCAAGGGAUUGAACUUCCUGCGGAGUCAGAUGUGGACCAUGUCGAUCAUUCAUAGCCAUAACAGUGUGUGGGAAGAUAUUUUCGUAAACAACACUGGGAAUCGGGUGUCGAGUUCGAACACCGAUGGGGCCGACACGUUCUUCUCCUCUGACCUUCUCUUCCGCAAUUGGACAGUCUAUAACGGCGACGACUCUUUCUCUUGCAAAGCAAAUAGUACCAACAUCACCCUUUUGGAUUCGCACUUCUACCACGGCCUCGGCAUAGCCAUAGGCUCUAUCGGACAGUACAACGACGCAUUCGAGACUAUCGAAAAUAUUCGCGCGGAAAAUAUCUACUUUGAAGACACCCUGCACGCCUUUUACGUGAAGACGUGGACAGAUGAUCGAGUCGGCUUUCCGCCAAAUGGAGGAGGCGGCGGACUCGGAUACGCGGAGAAUAUGCUAAUGAAGAAUUUGACGACGAAGGGGAUGCGCGGCGCUGCAUUUUCCAUCUCGCAAUGCACGCGAUUUAACGGUGCGCCGGGGGUAGGGAAUUGCACCAACAGCCAGUUUCAGGUUCGCGACAUCGUCAUCGAUGGAAUGAAAGGAACUACGAAGGAUCGACGAGUCGUGAGCCUGCAGUGUAGUGCUGUGGCGCCGUGUACAGAUAUCAAGUUGAGUAAGGUCGACUUGAAGUAUACAAAUGGAACGGUAGUACCGAACUAUCUAUGUGGGAAUGUAUUGGGCAAUCAGGGUUGGAAUUGUACAGGGCCGGUUUGUGUGGGCGGAAGUGCGACGGGUGGGUGCUGA